AUGGAAUAUUCUCAUAACAGGAUAGCAGAUUAUCUGAACAACUGCCAAAUCAAGAUUAAGAGAGCAUUCAAAAUCUACCAAGCUAGACAAAAUCGAUCAAAAGGCAAACAACUAGUAAGGAUAUCAACAAGCAAGUCGGACAAUCUAGAGCCUACUUAUCUGAUCGGGAACUUUACCAACCCACCUUGGGCUGUGAAAUUACCACUCACUUAUUCGCUAUCUCAUAAAGAAUACUUUAUUGAGAUAUGACUGAGCAUUGGCAAUCAGUUCAGAUUGCUGAGAAAAGAAACUACAUUUGUUAUAUCGAGCUUUCCACAAAUUACAGAAAAUGUGACUGCAAUGGAAAAAGGUAGCACUUCCAAUAUUUUCCUAUACCGAAAACCUUCUCUUAGAAGACCCUUAUAUUGCCGAUCCAGUGAAAAUUUAAAAUUAAAGCCUGGAGUAUUUUCUGAAGGCAAGAAUCAUUUAAAAAAUGAAGACUCCUAUUUCACAACGAAUCACUGCAUAGGCGUCGCCGAUGGAGUUGGAGGUUGGAACCAGUAUGGAGUCUCCAGUAAAAACUUUGCAAAUGAAUUAAUGCAAAAUUGUAAAGAAAAUAUCGAAAAGUCUUCAAAAGCACUACCGAUAAAAAAAUGUGUAGAAGAAGCUUUUAGCAAGGUCAAAAAUGGAGGAGGCGCUGCGUGGAUUGUAGCGAAGCUAGAAAGAGAUAAGCUUAAAAUUUCGAAUCUUGGGGAUUGUGGAAUUAUGGUAGUUCGGACUGUAAAUGAAAAUCCAAAAAUUAUUUUUCGAUCAUCACCACAGGAGCAUUCUUUUAUUCCAAAAAUUAAUGAAUGUGUAUAAGCAAGGGUAUAUAUAAAUAGUUAAAGAUUUAGAGGUGAAUAGUAUAAUACGCCUUAUCAGCUUUCUCAGCAACUUUCAAAUUCACAGAUUAAUGAACUCAGAGAAAGAGUCAGCCCUGAAAAAUUUGCUGAAGUUAUGGAACAGAUGAAAAACGUAAUAAAAGAUAGCUGUAGUGAUGCAGAUGACUAUUGCCUGAAGAUCAGGGCAAAGGAUUUAAUAAUUAUGGCUUCAGAUGGUCUAUGAGACAAUGUUUUUUCAAAGGAAAUAUUGACUCUGCUGUCAAAAGAUAAAGGGAGCAGUUAUAAUCCUAUUGAAUUAGCAAAUCUUCUUGGAAGAUAUGCUUACUCUCCUCUUGUUAGGGGCAAGACCAUUAAACCCCAUAGCUAGCAAAAUAUUGUUUUAAUGUAAGUUUUCUUAUAAUUUAUAUUUUAAUAAAUAGAUAAUGAGUAUAAGGAGGCCUCAAACAAAUUAUGUUAAAUUUAACCAGUUUGGAGUUUCAUUUCAAGUUUUAAAAACGAAAAAGAAGAUUUAAUAUAGAAUUUGAAUAAAAUUUUUAAAAAAUUAACCUUAUGAUUAACAAAAAAAUUUUGGUCGUAUGCCAAAAGGAAGGGUACUAUAAAUCUAAAUCAAAGCUCAACUCUCCAUUCGAAGAAAGAGUCAAAAAAACUUACGGAAAAGGUUGGAUCGGGGGUAAGCCAGAUGAUGUUACGGUUAUCGUUGCGUCUGUGGCAUAA